CCAAUCAGCUGUUUUUGGCAGUUGACGCUGUCAAAUAAAAUUUUGCAAAUAGGGCGUCAAGUUAAAGAAUUUGUAAUUUAUCUUGUUUUUGCGAUGCAAUUAAAUAAAAGUUUAGAAUUAAUUUCAUAAAAUAUUAAGUUUCCCUUCGUAAACAAUGCUGACCACCUUAGCAAACAUCAAACACAUUCUACAAAAAGAGCUAUUCAAUGGCAGUGGUGAGCGAGUGUUAUCUGUGGUGACUGUGACAAAGACUUUCAAAAAGAAAAGGGCUUGUUAUUUAUGCAUCGUUACAACGCCACCGCCUGUGCCGGUGGUCACAGUUUGCAUAGUAAAACAAUCGGAGCAGCGAGAGGGUGAAUAUAAAAAGAAACGUACCUGGCAACUGGAGGAAAUCAAGUGGGUGGAUGGGCGCAAUGAGCAGUUCGAGACACAUGAAUUCGAUAUACAAGUGGAAAAAACCUAUAAAUGGUAUGCGUUGAAUUUGCUUGAGCGGCAAAACUUCCUAGCCGUGCUGUACAAACAGAUUUUUAAGUAUGUGCGAGGCCAACGAGCAGAAUUCCGUAACGUUCCGGGUGCAUGGCUCAAUGACAAAUCUCCAGAAAAGUUGGCUGCUGGACGCCAUGCAGAACAAAAGAUCAUACAAGACACAGAAGAUGAGGAAGAGGCACAAGAAUUUACGGCUCUUACAGAUAAAGAAGCUACCGAAUUGGGAAAAUUAUUUUCCGAGUGUGAUUUCGCAGUAAAGGAUGCUGAGCAACUUAUUGAGAAUUUAUCUAAAGAACUGCACGAUUUAGAUGGUGCUAAUAUACAAAGCGUUUUAGCUUCGGAGAAGCAAGUAAUGGCGUUGAUGGAGCAUAUUGAUAAAGCGAUCGCCGAAGCAGAUAGCUUUGAAAAACGACUGGAUACCUAUGAGGAAAUUUUGGGACAUGUGAAGGAAACUAUGGAAAAGAUUGGCGGCAAAAAUGCUAUGAUAGAAAUUGCUAACAACAAUAAUAUCAAAUUGAUGAAGGAACUAAGCAAAGUUAUUUCUCAGCUUGAUCUACCUCAAGUACAUCAGCAAGCGCUCGAUGAACCGGAUUUGAAAACGGUUACGGGAAGAAAAGCUGCCAUUGCGGCCGCACAAAGCUUACAACAAGCAAUGAACAGCGAUAUCGAUCCAAGUUUGUUGCGUUUAGAAGCGGUGCAAGAUCAACGCAAACGUUUUGAAAAAUGGAAGGCAAAGUUUUCUGGUAUUGUUAGUCGUUUUAUGAACAACCUAUUCAUACAUUUGGGAAACGAAUUGGGUGAUAAUACAACAAUGAGCACAGAACUCGUUUUGCCGAAUCACCUAGCGGUACAUCGUGAACUAACGCCCUAUACAGAGCUUAUGCAUUGGACAAAGGCAAUGGAUCGCAAGACAUACGAUGGUCUAACGCGUGUUUAUACAACUUCGCUUAGCAAGAUCUACGAACGUGAUAUUAAAAAUUUCUUUGCUUUGGCAAAACUACAAAUAUCGGAAAAAAUACGCACAUCGCGUGAAGAUUUGGACACGUCAUCUUCGUCGAAAAAAUCCGCUGUUUCGGCGGCACCUUACGGUACCUUGGGUGUCAACCGCGACCAAUGGAGCCCAGGCGUGGAGAAUGCGGAUCGCGAGCGCUUCGACUCAGUACUAGAAAAAGUACUAGCCGAGUUAGAACCAGUUGCGUUGCAAGAGCAAUUGUUUUGUAUAAAUUUUUUCCAAAUGGAUGUUAUCAGCCCAACAUCGAAGAAUACCCAAACAACGUUAGAGGUAUUAGAAAAAAGUACUGAUUCUGUAAGCAUUUUAGCUUCUCCAACUUCAGCAGGUGGUGGCGGUGAUGCUGGCGGUUUUCCACAAAAGAAAAUUGAUCGUCAAAUAAACGAAGAGGUUCGUAAAUUGAUGAUUGCCUUGUUUGGCUGCUUAGAGCCAGAACUGGUGAGCUUCAUACAAAGCUUCGAACGCAUCGAUAGUUUCUAUUCACUUUACGUGCUUGUCCGCCUAACGCAGCAUGUCAUGUCCGCGCAGGAUACACAUUCCUUCCUUAGUAUGACCUUCGCUUCAGCACUGGUUCAAGUCAAGCGAAAUUUCGAUCGAUUUAUGCAACAACAAUUACAAUCGAUUAAAGAAGCAAAAGUGCCUAAACGUUCCAAGUGUGGUAUACUGCCAUAUGUAGAGAAUUUUGAGUAUUUCGCUCAGACAUCUGAAGGCAUAUUUCGCAAAUCUGAUCGCCGCACUGAUAUGGAAAAGUGGUAUUUACAAUUGGUGAAUUCAAUAUUUGAGAGUAUUAGCGUGCAUGCGCAGGAACAUCCUAAAACACCGUCGCAAGUGGUACGCAUGGAAAACUAUCAUCACAUGUAUUCCUUACUGGCACAAUUAAAGGUGCCCGGUCUGGAUGCACUGAAAAAGGAAGCUAAAAUGCGUUAUAAUGAAGCGCUAAAAGUAUAUGUCAUACAAUACUUUGGCAGACCAUUGGAAAAGUUGAAUCUCUUUUUCGAGGGUGUGCAACAAAAAGUCGCACAAGGCGUUAAAGAAACAGAGAUAAGUUAUCAAAUGGCUUUUUCAAAGCAAGAAUUGCGUAAAGUUAUCAGUCAAUACCCGGCGCGUGAAGUUAAAAAGGGACUAGAAAAUCUGUACAAAAAAGUUGAAAAGCACCUUUGCGAAGAGGAAAAUCUACUGCAGGUGGUUUGGCAUGCCAUGCAAGAGGAAUUUAUUGCGCAAUAUAAUUUCUUGGAAGAACGCAUACAAAAAUGCUAUGCGGGUGCGAUGAUUACUUUGGAAUUCAAUAUACAGGACAUAUUAAACUUCUUCUCCGACAUAGCGCGUUCGCAUUAAAUUUGGUUAUAACAAAAAAA